CAUGGGGGACCGAGAGCAGCUGCUGCAGCGAGCCCGCCUGGCCGAGCAGGCGGAGAGAUACGACGACAUGGCCUCGGCCAUGAAGUCGGGUAACGUUCUCAGUGCGUUCCUUAUACAGUUGAAUACUGACAUGUGUUUUACACUAAGCUACAGCUGCGAUGAAAACGAGUUGUACUGACCUGUUUGUACUGGUACAUAAUAAAACUGGAGAAUGACCAAACCUCAUGUCGAGUGUCUCUUUUUAAAAAAAAACAAAACGUAUCUGAAUUCUGAAGCCCGUAUUAAUGCUGGUAAAAGUUUAGCAAAGGCCAUUACGGUAUUUGCUGUAUCUAAUUGCAACUGAUUUAGUCUUGUUGAUCUCUUUUUUUUGUGAACACCAAAAGGCCCCAAGAGAACCUUGGUUUCUCUUGAGAAAUAGUGCUGCAUAAAGACAUGAGAAGACUGGGUUGAAAGAGCAGCUGCAAAUCGAGUUCACAUCAUGAAUUGAUUCUUGCAGAAAGUCUCCUUCAGGGUCUGUGUGAUGUAUGUUACAUCUCUUAAAUGAGGGCAGGAAUUAGACAUAUAUUUUAUCUUGCUUUUUAAUGUCUAACUAACUGCUUACUGUGGCAUAAUAAACACUAGCAUCAAUCUAGUUCUAAAGCACAAAUACUUCUGAGUAUCUCAGUAUUAAAUGCAGUUGAUGUAAGCUGUCUUUCAGUGAUAUUAUUAAAAUUCCUGAUACCUAUGGUGAAGUAGUAACAGCUUCAUUCACCUGAAGAACACUUCACCACUAUUUCUGAAGGAUGCAACCAGGAAAUCACUAAAAUUCACUGCUGCUCUGGAAGACACCAUUUCUAGCUGUACCUGGUAGCUUUUUUUCCCCCCAGCCAUUGCUGAUCUGCAGGAUAUAUAUGGCUCCCUGAACAUGUGAAGCAAAAAGAACAUGGUUGCUCUGUGUCAGGAAAUACGUAAAGUAGAAGUAACUAGUGUGUAUGUCCUGUUGGCAUCUUAAACUGAACUACUGCUCAGUUUUCAUUCAUUGAGUUUCGGUAUUCUGUAAUUUUGCAAGAAACUGUAUAAUGAUGAGCUUCUGUAAUUUGGAGCUUGCUAACACUGUAGAUGAGCUGUCUUUAGCAUGUAUGAAAUGUUAUAAGUACUGAAAUAUAAAAAAUUAAGCUGAAUUUAAAGGGCAACAGUUGCCUCCUAUUAGGCUGUCCAUGUAAAAUUUUGUCUUAAGGUAUGAGUUGAUUUUAUAGGUGUGAGGUGAAGCACAUUGUGCACUCAGAUGUUAGACUUCCUUCAGCAGGAAGCCAGUGUUGUAAAUCGGAUAUCUAGUCUCAUUGCAGGAUAUUUUGAUUUGAAAGGAUUCUUAAAAAUAUUCACAUAGCGUAUUUGAUUCUUUUUUAAUGGUGCUGUGUGAACAUGCUGUAUUUCCUGUGUAAUGGAAAUGCAAACAGUUAAUUUCAGCUCCAGGUAUUUGCCAGCGUGUUUCUACAGCACACAAUAUUGUCAGCAGCCUGGCAGUUGCUCUUAAAGCGUGAAGUGACAAAGAUUAGUGUAGCAAAAGCAUAUUUGGGCAAUAUUUGGGGCUUCCAGUGAAGAAGAAACAUGAAGAGACUCUUAUCAGCUGUUGCUAUAAAGGUGGAGGAACACUCAUUGUCAGUCCUGUCUGUUCAGUCUUCUAUAGAAAAGCCAGAUGAUACAGCUGUUGUACCUUAAAUAAGGAACCUACUGUUAAAGAAUACAAUUUUUGUUGCUGUUUGUUCUUAGAAUUUUGCUGUUUCUGCUUGUAUCUGUACUUAAAAUAGAAGUAUACUUCUAUUAGUAGCUAUUUAUCUAUGUAAUUAAGUUGCUGUUAUAAGUCAAUGGGUUUAGUCAAUAUUAUUUUCAUAUGAAGUACAUGCAUAUGUAAAAGUGCCUCUGCCAAAUUCCAUCCUUCCAAGGACAGUAGCAAUCUCACUGCAUUGAGUGCCACUUUAAAUUUCCAACUGUUUGAAGUAAUCCUACAUGGUAGGUAAAAAUUGACUUCCGAACGCACUGGGGAAAAACAUGCUGUUAUUCUAAGAGUGUUUAAAGUGCUCAUUUGUUGGAAUAAAUAUUGUUCCAACAAAUUAUUGAGCAGAUUGGGAACGUGAAUGCUUUUGGUAUUAGACUGUUCCAGAAAUUGACUUUAAAUGUUGAUUAUAAAUACUAAAUAAGCUGAAUAGUUUUGCUUUGUAAACUGAGUGAGUCAGUAUUAGUUCCAAUAUAUAGUAGCAUGUAGUAGUUUUUUAAUCAGUGUUGCUUUUCUGGUAAAGGUACGUAGCAGGUAUUGAAAGUUGAGAUGAAUCUCAGUUAUGUGAGAUGUGUAAUUUUGAAAUGAGGCAUGUGAAGGACAUUUACUUCACCCUAAGAAAAUUGAGUCUUGGUAUAUUCUAAAGCUUUAAUGUGAACAAUGUCCUUCCCUGCUGUGAGAUGAUCUCCACUGUGGUUUUGUAACCACAGUAAAUUUAUCUGUAACAAAAAAAACCCAACCUGAAGCCACACAAUGCAAGGUACUGCUCUGGCUUAAAUGAAUUCGUCUGGUUUGUUCAGAAAUAAUGAACAGUAUUCAUUAUGAACCUUCUCAGGAUAGUUUUAAUCAUUAAAUGUGGCUUUCCUGCUCAGGUACAGUCUUUUGGUGCAGCAGCUCAUUAAGAACUUACCGAGUUGUGACAACUGUGUUCUUGCUAACAGAACAAGUGCAGUCUCACACGUGCAGUUUACCUGGAUCAGACUGAUGCCAUUAGGUAACCUGACACUGCAUUCAUCUACUGUCAGUUCCAGAACCAUUGGUUUGGUAACUGAGCUGAAUGAGCCUCUCUCAAAUGAGGACAGAAACCUGCUGUCUGUAGCUUACAAGAACGUAGUUGGAGCUAGACGAUCCUCCUGGCGUGUCAUCAGCAGCAUAGAGCAGAAGACUAUGGCUGAUGGGAAUGAGAAGAAGCUGGAGAAGGUUAAAGCCUAUAGGGAGAAGAUAGAAAAGGAACUUGAGACAGUCUGCAAUGAUGUUUUGGCUCUCCUCGAUAAGUACUUGAUCAAGAACUGCAAUGACUUCCAGUAUGAGAGCAAGGUUUUUUAUCUGAAAAUGAAAGGAGAUUAUUACCGCUAUUUGGCAGAAGUUGCUGCUGGAGAGAAGAAGAACAGUGUUGUGGAAGCCUCAGAAGCUGCCUAUAAAGAGGCCUUUGAAAUCAGCAAAGAGCACAUGCAGCCUACUCACCCAAUUAGGCUUGGGCUGGCACUCAACUUCUCGGUGUUCUACUAUGAAAUCCAGAAUGCUCCUGAGCAAGCCUGCCUUUUAGCCAAACAAGCCUUUGAUGAUGCCAUAGCAGAGCUGGACACACUAAAUGAGGAUUCCUACAAGGACUCCACUCUCAUCAUGCAGUUACUUCGAGAUAACCUCACUCUGUGGACGAGUGACCAGCAAGAUGAAGAAGCAGGAGAAGGCAAUAAUUAAAAAGCUUUCCUCUGAUCUGUCUUUCAUCCACUUCACAAUCCCCGUCAUCACCAAUAUUACCUUGCCACAGUCACACUAAAUAUCUAGUGCUAAGCAUAUCUGUAUUGUACAGCUGUUCAGAUUUGCUGUCCACUUUAUCAAGAAGCAGUUUGAGAUGAGCCUUCAUGGGUGUUGAUGGAUUGAUUGGUUUAUUGGCCCUAGUAAUCUUAGUUGCACUUUAACAGUGCAGAAAGAUAUAUAUUAAAUGAGGCAUUUUUAGUUUGCCUGUUGAUUAGAACAGACGAGAGAGAAUAAUGGAAAACGAUUGAAGAUGAUUAGAUUCCAGUUUAAAUUUUUGCCAUUUGAAAUGAGCUGACUGUUCUGUUAAGCAGUACAUUUUGUGCAUGCAAAGUAAACUAGCCACCUCAAUUUUUUUUCAGUCAAUGCAAACAGUUGAGCUGAUGUGAAAUGACAACCCUGUUCAUCAGUUUACAAUAAACUGUUUGAAAUGUGAAGUUUUGGUAGCAAAUUUUUUUUUGCCUCUUAACUUAUGUGCACAGUUUAUUUUAAUGCAGUGCAUCUACCUAAGAGUUUUGAUACUUGUAACCUUUUGCAGUUGUUUUGAAGAAUCAUGAAUUUAUUUUUUGUAAACUCUUUGGCUGUUUAGUUGUCUGUGUAUUCUGACAACACUAUGUCAAUAUUAGCCCAUGUUAAGAUGGAUGACCGAGAUGCCAGACUUCUAAAUUAAAUGUUUUGGAAUUAAAUAAAAUAAAAUGCUGCUUCGGGGAAUAUUAUCUCUA